AUGGCUUUGCACCGGUUUGGGCGCUAUGGUAAGCAUCGGUCUCCUCCAUUAACACGGGGCUUCUGCCUUAAGCUCAAUAGCAAUGUGCGCAAAUCAGAGGAUGGGCUUCCCAAGCAAGAGGAAAAGAUCCAUAAUGGAGAUGUCGAUCGUAGUCCAAAUCUGACUCAGAAUGGAAAAUCGAAAGAUGGGGUCAAUAGAGGAACCACUGAAAAAGACGUAGGAGAAGAGGGAGGUAAGACAAAGUUGGACACUGAAGAACUUGAGAAGUUGGUGGCUGAAGACCCGGAUGAACUGUUGGGGGAUGAUGAUGAUGAUGAGGGGGGGAAGACUCAGAGCGAAGAGUCUCAGCAAGAGCUAGAAAACGAGCACGAAAAUGGAGGUGGGGCAAAAGAAGGAAAAGAAGAAUCUACAGGUGAGGAAGACGCCACAAAUGACUAUACGGUUGAAGAGAAUAAUGGUUCAAAUGAUAAGGGGAAGAAGAAGAAGAAGAUUACCGAACCCUUAUUCGAACCUGAUACUCAAUAUACAUGGAAACUGUGCAGAGCUAAAAGUGGCCAUAAUUAUAUACCUUGUCUGGACUUCGAGGACGCCAAUCCGAGGCUUCAGGGGCAUCGGCACCAGGAGAGGAUUUGCCCCAAAACAACUCCAACUUGCUUGGUUCCCCUUCCGGAUGGGUAUAGACUCCCAUUGAAAUGGUCAGAGAGCAAAUCUGUUAUUUGGUUUAGAAAUGUGGCUCACCCAAAGCUUGUGGCAUUGGCAAAAAAACAGAGUUGGUUAAGGAUAUCUGGUGACAAUCUUACAUUCCCUCGGAACAAGUCGCAGCUCAAGGGUGGUAUGAUGCAUUAUAUUGAAUCAAUUGCAGAGGCAGUUCCUGAUCUUGAAUGAGGCAAAAACAUUCACAUAAUAUUGGAUAUUGGGUGUUCAGAAGCAAGUUUUGGAGCUGUUCUCUUUGAAAAAGAGGUGUUGACAUUGUGCUUGGGAUUGAAGGAUGAUCUAAUUGAGUAUGCACAACUUGCCCUUGAGCGUGGUAUUCCUGCAAUUAUUGCUGCUAUGGGAUCGAGAAGGCUUCCUUUCUCAGGUGGCAUUUUUGACGCCAUUCACUGUGGUGGUUGUGAUGUCUCCUGGCAUUCCAAUGGUGGGAAGCGUCUGCUAGAGAUGAAUAGAAUUUUGAGACCAGGAGGUUACUUUAUUUUGUCAACUUCACAUGAUGAAGUUGAACACUCUGAAGCUAUGUCGACGAUUACGGCUUCCAUCUGUUGGAAUAUCCUUUCUCAUAAAACAGAUGAUGUUAGUGAGGUUGGUGUAAAGAUCUAUCAGAAGCCAGCAUCAAAUGAUAUUUAUGAGUUGAGAAGGAAGAAAGACCCUCCGUUAUGUGAUGAGAUGGAAAAUCCUGAUGCCGCCUGGUAUACUCCCAUAAAAAUGUGUCUCCAUACAGCUCCAUCUUCCAUUGAACAACAUGGGACUGAGUGGCCAGAGGAAUGGCCCCAAAGGCUUGAAACUUAUCCCGAGUGGUUAAACCAUCCAAAGGAAAAGUUUGUUGCAGACACUGAACACUGGAAAGCCAUUGUCAGCAACUCUUAUCUUAGUGGAUUGGGAAUUGCUUGGUCGGCUGUGAGGAACGUAAUGGACAUGAAAGCAAUAUAUGGAGGGUUUGCAGCAGCAGUGGUACCACAAAAGGUCUGGGUAAUGAAUGUAGUUCCUAUAAAUGCUCCGGACACACUUCCAUUAAUCUUUGAAGGGGGGCUUCUUGACAUUUACCAUGAUUGGUGUGAGCCUUUCAGCACUUAUCCGAGGUCCUAUGAUCUUUUGCAUGCAGAUCAUCUGUUUUCUCGGCUCAAGAAUAGGUGCAAGCCUCUGGGUAUUAUUGUGGAAAUGGAUCGACUAUUAAGGCCUGGUGGCUGGGUGAUUGUUCGCGAUAAGGUGGAGAUCCUGGAUCCACUAGAGGCUAUAUUGAGAUCACUGCACUGGGAAAUCAGGAUGACAUAUGCCCAGGAAAAGGAAGGAAUACUCUGUUCGCAGAAAACCAUGUGGCGUCCAAGUCAAACACACCAUGGAUCAAACUGA